AUGUCUACAAAAAUAAAUCCCGACUUACAAAAAGAGAGGGAUCGGUGCACUUUUAAUGUGAAAGAAUUAACUCAUGUUAUUGAUGGAGGUGUUGAAAAAACUGAAGAAAGAAAGAGCAGAGAGGAAAUGGUACUUAAAGAAAAUAUUCACAUUGACACUGUGCCAGCAGUUUAUUUAAGUCACAAGGAAAAAUAUGAAUUGGCAAUGAAAAAGGCAUGCUUGAUGUUCAAACUGAUAAGGAAAUUGCAAGAAGAGGAGAAUGCUGGCAUGGAUAAUUAUUUGGCAGUUCUAGGUGGAUAUUUAGGUUCAGCAAUUCUUGGAGAUGGAUCACCUCUUACUCUACAUUAUGUGAUGUUUAUACCAACCGUGAUGGGUCAAGGGACAGUAGAACAACAAGCUUAUUGGAUUGGGAGAGCUUUUAAUUUAGAAAUGAUAGGAACUUAUGCUCAGACGGAACUAGGACAUGGUACGUUUAUCCGUGGCUUAGAAACUACCGCCACAUACGACCCAAGCACAAAGGAGUUUGUACUGCACAGUCCUACACUAACUUCAUAUAAAUGGUGGCCUGGAGGAUUGGCACAUACAGCGAACUACUGUAUUGUCAUGGCUCAACUUUAUACCAAAGGGAAAUGCCAUGGAAUACACCCCUUCAUAGUUCAGCUCCGAGACGAAGAGACCCACAUGCCACUCCCUGGCAUUAAAGUGGGCGAGAUUGGCGCCAAGCUUGGCAUGAAUGGCACUAAUAAUGGCUUCCUUGGCUUCGACAAAGUGCGAAUACCCAGAGAUUAUAUGCUUAUGAAGAAUGCGAAAGUGUUAGAGGACGGUACAUACGUGAACGCGCCCAGCUCCAAGCUAGCGUACGGCACGAUGAUGUUCGUGCGCGUGAUGUUAGUCAACGACAUGUGCAGAUACAUGUCCAAAGCAGUCACAAUAGCCACGCGGUAUUCCGCUAUCAGGCGGCAGUCGCAGCCUAAACCUGAUGAACCAGAGCCCCAAAUUUUAGACUAUCUCACUCAACAACACAAACUGCUGAUCGGCAUAGCGACGGUGCACGCGUUCCGUAUGAGCGCGGACUGGCUCUGGCUGAUGUACAACAACGUUACGGCUGAACUAGAGGCCGGCGAUAUGGAGAGAUUGCCAGAGCUUCACGCUCUAUCCUGCUGUCUCAAAGCAGUGACCACAGCAGACGCGGCGGCGUGCGUCGAGCGCUGCCGGCUGGCGUGCGGCGGACACGGGUACAUGCUGUCCUCGAACUUGCCCCUCACGUACGGACUCGUCACCGCCGCUUGCACUUACGAGGGAGAGAACACCGUGAUGUUGCUCCAGACUGCAAGGUACCUCGUGAAGGCGUGGCAGCAGGCGGCGGGCGGGCACACGCUGCCGCCCACCGUGCAGUACCUGCGCGCCGCGCCCGCGCCCUGGGACUCCUCCGUGCGCGGCGUCGUCGCCGGCUUCUACAGGGUCGCCGCCGGGAAAAUCGGUUUGUGUGUAUCGCAAAUUGAAAAACGGCAGAAGAGUGGUAUGUCGUAUGAGGACGCCUGGAACAUGACCUCGGUACAGCUCGCUUCGGCUUCUGAGGCCCAUUGCCGUGCGAUCCUACUAGCUACAUACUACAAGGAGACCGAGAGCCAGAUCCGCGCGGUGUCGCCGGAGCUGCGCGCCGUGCUGCUGCAGCUGGUGGACCUGUACGUGGUGUACUGGGCGCUGGAGCGCGUGGGGGACCUGCUCCGGUUCACAUCCAUUUCUGAGAAAGACGUCGAGCACCUCCAAAACUGGUAUGAAGACCUGAUGAUCAAGCUCAGACCAAACGCUGUUGGUUUAGUCGACGCCUUCGAUAUCAGGGAUGAGAUCUUAAGCUCAACACUAGGUUCAUUCGACGGUCGUGCCUACGAGCGUCUCAUGGAAGAAGCUAUGAAAAGCCCCCUUAACGCAGAACCCGUCAACCAAAGCUUCCACAGCUACCUUAAACCUCUAAUGCAAGGCAAGCUG